UUCCCCUCCGGGCCAAUGGCGACCGCGCGGAGGCGAUACUCCGGCCUGCGCGUCCAAUCGGAAAGGGGCGGCCAGCCGAGCGACAGCCGCACCGCUCAAUGGGAACGGGGCGAGGGGCGGGCUCAGUCGGUGGUUUAAACGGUCGGCGACGGUUGGCGGCCGGUAACGGUCGCGGCGGGAGGACGAGAGCGGCCAGACCCUGUCAGGAUUCGCACAUUUUGCUGGAAAUCAUGGAGGAGGCACUGGGAGUGGAGGAGGAGGAAGAGCUGGCGGCCACGCUGGCCCUGAGCCGGCUGUACCCCCAGCGAGGGGGCAGCCAGCAUCUCUAUACCGAGGCCUCCCCGGCUUUGGGGGUGCAGCUGCCCCCCCCUACAUUUCCCGGGGAGCGGAGGGGAUCCAGGAGGUUGGUAAUGAAAAGGAAGGUGCUGAGGCACAGACCCGAUGGAGGGGUUGAGGUCUGGGAUGAGUCGGUGACCAGCGAGACGGAGAGCGACACUGAGCGUGGCAGCCAGAGGCAGAAUCUGCUGCAGCCGAGGAGCAGCCCCGAGGAGAGCAUCUCCGAGGGGGAAUUCGAGAGCAGCAGCAGCAGCUCCCUCGAUGACAGUGGGGACAGUCCCCCCUUUCUUCUUGAGGAUUUCGACCGCCAGAGCUCUCCCGCUUCUCAGUACAGCACCGUGGCGGGACAGCCCAAAUCCUUCAUUCCUCCCCGCUUUGAACCGUUGGGCCGAAACCGGGGAAAAACCGACCCGGUGGCCAAAUACUUUGAAUAUAAACGAGAAUGGGGGAAGUUCCGGAUCCCGGGGGAGGACGAGCGGCGAGAACUGCGCUGGGGCAUCCGGGAGCAGAUGCUCUGCAGGCCCCAGCUGCCCAGCAAACCACAGCACCCCUACGUCCCCAACGCCUACACCGUCCCCACCGAGAAGAAGAGGGCGGCCCUGCGCUGGGAGGUGCGCUGGGACCUGGCCAAGGGCCUCCUCCCCAGAAAAAACACCUCCUCCUCAACUCCUCCACACCCGACACCCAACCGCCCUCCUCAGGACCGUUUUCCUCCUUAAAAUCCUCAAUAGUUUGGACAAAAAAAAUCCCCUUUUUGCACUUCUAUGUGGGAUUAAAACUCUUCCUGCUCCUUUCAGGGGAGCCAGGAUGGGGGAGCAGACACCGAAAACCCACCCAGACUCCUCCAGUCUCGGGAGAAAUAAGAACAGAAUGAGCUGGGUGAUUUAUAUUUUCUGAGUUGCUCCUGGGUUGCUGCGUGAGUCACAAUGAUGGUUUUAUUUCUGCCGUCUCGGCAAUAUCUUUCUUUAAUAAAGCGUGUGGUGAGGUUUG